UGUUAUCCGUCCACUCAGCAAAAUGAAAAUUCUACUCGCCCUCUCGGCUAUCGUCAUCGCCGCCGGCGCCUUCACCGUCGACCAGCAAUGGUCCUCCUUCAAAUCCGCCCACGGCAGGACCUACGCCAGCGUGCAGGAGGAGCGCCGCCGCUUCGACAUCUUCACCGACAACCUGAAGACCAUCGCCGAGCACAACGCCCGCUACCGCGCCGGCCUGGAGAGCUGGUCCAUGGCGGUCAACCAAUUCGCCGACAUGACCCCCAGCGAGUUCAGCGCCAAGAUGGCCUACCGCAACGGGCCGAUGCCCAGGAUCGCCGGCACCCCUCACGUGUUCACCGGCCAGGCGCCGGCUUCCAUCGACUGGAGGGAGAAGAACGCCGUGACCGACGUGAAGGACCAAGGCGAUUGCGGCUCGUGCUGGGCCUUCAGCGCUGUGGGUGCUUUGGAAGGCCAGAACGCCAUUUUGAACGACAAACACGAUUCGCUCAGCGAGCAAGAGUUGCUGGAUUGCUCCACCAGCUAUGGAAACGGCGAUUGCAACCAAGGAGGACUGAUGGAUAACGCUUUUAAAUACGUCAUCGACCACGGUCUCGGCGACAACAGCACCUACCCUUACGAGGGACGACAGGGUUCUUGCAGAGCCACCAACUCACCCGCAGUUAAAAUAACCGGUUACAAGAACAUAGCGAAAGGUUCAGAAAAAGACCUCAUGGACGCCGUUGGUACUGUCGGUCCAAUUUCCGUCGCAGUAUUCGCCGAACCGAUCCAAUUCUACUUUGGAGGUAUCUUCAAAUCGCCGUUCUGCCUGAACUUCGAGUCUUUGCUGGACCACGGAGUGCUGGUGGUGGGCUACGGCGGAGAGCCCAACGACCCCUACUGGAUCGUGAAGAACUCCUGGGGUGCAGGUUGGGGCGAGAAAGGCUACUUCAGAUUGAGCAAGGACGCGAACAAUCAAUGCGGCGUAGCCGACGAAGCUUCCUACCCCGUUCUGUAAAUCUGUAGUUUAUGUAAAUAAAUGCGAAUUUCACAAAGCAA